GUUGGCAUCAUUGAAGGUCGUCUGGGCGAGUGGGUUCAGUGGGUGUUAGAACCACGCCCCCUUCCCCCUUGCGAUCUACCACCCCACGUUUGGCCGGGUCUCCAAAAAUUUUCGAGACAAAAAUCUUUAGUAAUAUUUUACUUUGUGACGUUAUUGAAUCAAGCGGACAAAUAAUGGCAUCCAUGUACAAAGUGAAGCCAAUUUUUGUGGCUAACCAAGUUACCGAUCUUCCGACAUGCAUGUACCAGAUGAAAAAUCUCCACGGCACCCCUGAGAAUGUGGAGUUUUUGAGCCCUGCAAACGGCCCGACAAUAGUCCAGUUGAACGAGAGCAAGCACGGCAGUCGAGAGCGUACCCCGUCAGAAGUCGCAAAACUGGAAGCUGUCCAGGAGGAUAUUUUAUUGAAGCUGAACAACCUGAAAAGCAAGCUCGAUGAACUCAGGAAAUUAGUCAAGGAACCUGUUACAAAGGCACCUACCAAGCAGCAGCAAACAACUCUCAGCACAGCCUAUGAUUUCUCGAAAGUUACUGAAGCUGUUGUUGCUGCCAACCCGUCAAACCCUCCAUACGCACUUCUAGCUCUUCAGAAAAUAUGGUCUCCAGAAAUUGAUGUAUCCAUCUCAACCUAUUCGCAUUCGUCAUUGAAGCCCAAAGUGCCGAAGACGCUGAACGACCUCUUCAACACAUCUUCCAAGCUACAGGGCGUACCCACCCUGAUGAUUCGAAUUAUUUGGACUCCUGUCAAGCAAACUCAAAUCAUCACUUCACCAGCUAAGCAGAUAAUUUGCAGUGAAGUAAAUAUUCUGCGUCUUCUCUCACGAUUUGGACCACCCACAACAAAUAUAGACUCUCUCUCGGCAGAAGAGGCAGCUUCUGUCGACCAGCUUCUGGACUUGCUGCACGGGGCUGCCUUGAAAAAUGGUUCCUCUAGCUUUAUCAGUAAACUCGCUCCGGAAGGACCUGACGGCUGGCUACUGAAGAAAGGCCCUAGCAUUGCUGAUUUUGCCCUUUGGUCGUAUUUAAAAAAUGAGAAAUCUGUCAAGUGCUCUGGCAAAUUGGCCACUUGGCAGAAGAAAUGUGACAAGCUGUUCAACUAAUAAAAAUACAAAAACAGAUUUUCU